AUGCCUCAAGGAUUCGAAGAUAUUGGAGAUGCAGACGACAUCUUUCACGACCCAGAGCCGGACGCCGACUCCGCGGCGAAGAAACAAGUCAACGGAGAUUUGAAAGACAAGGCUGAUGAAGAGGAAGAGAGUCCCCACGACGACAAUGAUGAGGAGGAGGCGCCAGAGGCUCCUAAAGGCAAGGCUCGGGCUUCAGAGGAUGAUACGACAGGCAGGGCCAAAGAAGACGACGACGACUCCGAAGACGACGACUCGGAAAGCAUUGAAGAAGAAGCCAUGUACAACGUCGAGACGAUUCGAAAUCACAAAUUCCAAAAAGGCCAGGUGUUCUACUUGAUCAAAUGGCAAGGCUAUAGUGAAAAAGAAAAUACCUGGGAACCUGAAGAGCAUUUAUUACCACAUGCUCGCCAGCUCCUCGCAGACUACCACGAAAAGAUUGGCGGACGUCCAACUCCAUCUGUCAAGAGGGCAAAGUCCAAGCAAAAGUUGCGCACACCAGCCUCUACCGUUGACCGGCCCGCAGCAAAGCGUCGGAAGCGCAACACUGACGCACCAGCGAAUCCUGCCGAGGAGGCACUUGGUACGUGGCUCCCCGACAAAGAAAACUGGGAGGACCUGGUGGCCAAGGUCGAGACGGUGGAGCGAGAUGAAGCCGGCAAAUUAUUCGCCUACAUCAAGUUCAAGAAUGGCAAACGGUCAAAAGUCCUUAUGGAUCUCAUAGCCGAUCAUUGCCCCAAAGCGAUGCUCAAGUUCUACGAAGAACAUCUCAAGUUCAAGUAA